AUGGAAAAGCCUGAAGAGGGUGUCAGGGAGAAGCUGGCUGUGAGAAUUCAGAACUCCAAAGAAAAUGACUUCAUUGAGAUUGAACUGCACAGACAAGAUUAUCAGAAUCUACUAGAAGUGAGCUGCUGUGAGCUGGGGGUUAAUCCAGAACAUGUGGAGAACAUAAGGAAAUUGCCAAACACACUGCUCAGAAAGGACAAAGACCUUCAAAGACUCCAGGACUUUCAAGACAUAGAACUCCUUUUAGUGAAAAGUGCAAACUCUGAAUGGAUACAACACACAGCAUCCCCUCUGACCCAGAGACCCCGCUACAAUAGUAACGCUGCAAAAAUGACCUAUUAG